AGAUGAAUAAUAUCGCUGGAAGAUGGAGACUCCUAAGUGGGAAAAACCAUUGGGAGGGUCUUCUAAACCCUCUCGACAUCGAUCUACGAAGUUACCUUAUUCACUAUGGACAAAUGACACAAGCCACGUACGAUACUUUUAUCUCAGAAAAAGCUUCCAAGUUUGCAGGAGCAAGCAAGUACGCAAAGAAGAACUUGUUUGCAAGGGUUGGUUUGGAGAAUGGGAAUCCCUUCAAGUAUAAUGUAACGAAGUAUCUAUAUGCGACAUCACAAAUCGCUGUUCCUGAAGCUUUUGUGGUAAAGCCAUUGCCAGAUGAUUGUUGGUGCAAGGAAUCAAACUGGAUAGGGUACGUUGCUGUGGCCACAGAUGAAGGCAAAGCAGUGUUAGGAAGGAGAGAUAUUGUGAUUGCUUGGAGAGGAACAAUAAAAACGUUGGAGUGGAUUAAUGAUUUCCAGUUUCUGUUGGUUCCUGCUCCUAUAGUGUUUGGUGGUAAGGGUUUGGGAGAUCCUAAAGUUCAUCAAGGUUGGUAUUCUAUGUACACUUCAACUCAUCCGAAAUCUCAAUUCAAUCCGACCAGUGCAAGAGACCAGGUCCUUAGUGAGAUAAGAAGGCUUGUAGAUUUAUACAGAGAUGAAGAAAUCAGCAUAACUGUAGUUGGACACAGUUUAGGAGGGGCACUCGCAACCCUAAACGCAGUGGACAUAACUCGAAAUGGCUAUAACAAGCCAACAAAUGCACCAGAAAGAUCAUGUCCAGUCACAGCCUUUCUAUAUGCAUGCCCUCGAGUUGGAGAACUCAUCUUCAAGAAGGCUUUCACUGAGUUGAAAGAUCUGAGAGUCUUAAGGGUUGAGAACAUUCUUGAUAUUGUUCCGAAGUAUCCGGUUUUUCCUUACUUAGAAGUUGGUGAAGAACUGAAGAUGAAUAAUCAGAAAUCUCCGUACUUGAAGAGUCCAGGAACUAUCAGUACUUGGCAUAACUUGGAGUGUUACUUGCAUGGCGUUGCAGGAACACAGGGACUUAAUAAAGAGUUUAAGUUAGAGGUGAAUCGUGAUAUUGCACUUGCGAACAAAAGCGAUAAUUCUUUGAAAGAUGAAAAUCUUGUUCCUGUUUCAUGGUGGACUGAGAAGAACAAGGGAAUGGUUCAGCAAGAAGAUGGUUCGUGGGAGUUGAUGGAUCAUGAGAAGGAUGCCUUCUGAUUCGUCAAAGGUUAAAGAAAUCAAACAAGAAAGCGUGGUUUCGUAUUUGAAAGUUUUAUAAUUCUGAUAUUGUUCCAAUAAAUUAUCGACAAUGCAUGUGAUUUUUCUUUAUUUUUAAAUUUUAGAAUCCAUUUAUAUUGGAACCCAGAAUGGUUCUUUAUGUUGGAAUAAAAUACUCUAUCCA